UCUAAAAUGUGAAAUGUGAAACGCGCAGUAAUUGAAACCAAGCGUGCACCCUACUUAAAUAUGAUUAACUGAGGUUGAGAUGUUGAUGCUAAUGCUCAGUUGCUGCUUAAGUUUUCCAUAUAUACUGCAGUUGUCAGACAGAUUGAGGUCAAACAAAAUACUUUGGAUAUACAGUGCAAGCCGAGGUCUAGCGCAAUGUAUGUUCUAUAGACGUACUAAACCAGGGAUUCAGGCAGGUUCUGCAGCACAACUAAGAAUUUAAGGAUUCGUGUAUGAAAGUGCACCCUGUACCUACAGUUAACCCUGACACUUUCCUCUAUACAUGCACCAGCAUAGGGUUGCCGUUACUUUAAAACAAGGGCACUGGAAUUCAGGGUGAUUAAAGCAGAGCAGCCCGCGUUUCCAGGUUCACAUAUGUCGAUGAUUGCGCAGACAUGUGACUAAACCAUUGGUGUAGACGGUGACGUUCCAGUGCUCGUUCUGAAACGCAGAACGGACCUUUUUUCAAUAAUUUCGCCUUAGUUUAUAUGGUAAGGAUGCUGAAACAUAGUCGUCAACAGAUGACACUCCAAUCUACAACCGUUUCAAGUCCACCUAAACCCCCGUCGUGGCGGGACUUUACCGUUGCCAUGAAAACACGGUCAUCAAUAGAAUCCCAGCCAAAAUUACCCAAGGGGAGCAAAUCCUUGGAAUUUACUGAUUUGUCAAAAAUCCAAACGCAAGUUUUAUACAAGCAAGUCUGCUCAAGUUGCGAGGAGAAAAAAGGAGUGAAUAAUGUUAACAACAAAUUUAAAAGAUCGAGAGCCAAAUUUCAUAGGACACAAAGUGAAAAAUGUAUCUCCGUGGAAGAUAUUCCACGAGAAUGUUUAGCAAUUAAUCUGGCCGACACAAAACCACAGGACAUAGGACUGCGCCAAAAGAAUUAUUCGGACGAGAGGUUGUAUCUUGUUGAUAAUACCCUCCGUUGUAGGAAAUGGUUGGCAGGAAUAGAACCAAUUGACCCUACACCGGAUGUAUUCUUUAGCCGGGGACCGAACGAAGCUGUUGAAAUGCCAGGAGAAACAUGGCAGGACAUAGCAACAGACAGCGUGCAGGGUUCUCAAAAUGACACUUUUGGACAGACAAAUGCUGAACUUAAAAACGUUGCGACUAAAUCGGUUUCUUUUAGCGAAGCCGAUUGUUUGUCCCAGUCGCAAAACAUGCAAGGGAAAGGUGUUAAAGACGGGCUUGAAAGGGAUGAUAACGAAGGCACAGAAGUGGGCAGUGGAGAAAUAAUAGGUUGUUGUAGCAAAGUUACAGAAAACGUUGACUUUCAGUUAUCACAUGUUGAAAACAACUGCACAAAUAGCCCGAAUCUUUUGUCAGCCACGUUAUCAAAACAAGGCCAACUUAUCUCUAGUUUUCACGAAGAAGGUUCCUCUUCACAUUCUCUCUGUGCAGUUGAAACACCAGUCACAGACUAUUUGAACAAGUGCCCUUGACACAUGCAGAGCAUACUGGAUUGUUUGUACUGGAAUUAUAUUUGUGUAUAGAGGGGCUCUUAGGCCGUCUCAGAUUGUCAGAUUUCAUCUUGAAAUCUCCACCUCUGUAUAUUUAUGAAAAUGAACUGAAAAAUUGCUUGGAGGGUGGGAUUGGAAAAUUCCGUACGUCUUAGGUGUUAUCAGCCAGAAAAUAUCCGUCUGAGAAUAAAAUUGUUUCUUUCGUUUUUUAUUCCAGACCACCAA